AUGCUGGAGCAGUAUGCCACCAUUCGGACCCCGCCGCCAGCCCCUCGAUCAUUUGGCUUGCUGGCAACACGGGCUAAUCUUGCCGAGCGCACGCCUACUCGGACCGGAAGCGCUGGCGUAGUCUGGUCGGUUGGCGGUUCCAUCGUCACGGAAGGUGUGGCCAGCGUGACGAACGGCAGGGGUGGGAGAGUGACGAGUGGGACGAGCGCGCCACAUUACAUUGCGGAUUUCUUGAAAACUCAUUUGCCAAGCGAGGAGGAGGUCCGGCACGGCAAAAGAUUGGCGAUUGCUCUCGAUGCUGAUGCAGACGUGGGUGCCGAGAGGAUUGUUGGCGCUGAUGAUCAUGAACGGCAAUGGUCAUGGCAGAAUGGCAGGUGGGAGCGCGCCGGUGGUAUCAAGCCCGCUCCACGGGCCGUUGUGAAAGACAAAGCCGUACCGACAAUACCAUUUCGAGUCCUGGAUGCGCCAGCACUACGGGACGAUUACUACUGCUCUCUGCUUGCUUACUCCAGCACCGCAGAGUGCCUGGCAGUCGGACUAGGUCCUCAUGUGUACCUCUGGUCGGAAUCACGAAGCAAGAACAAUCUGCCGGAUUCGCUCACCGCCCCUCCUGGCACAGCGCAUGUUACGUCUCUGUCUUUCAGCUCCGACGGCGGUGGUUCCGCCAUCCUCGCAAUUGGCCGCGCAGAUGGUCGCAUUACUCUCUGGAGUCCGCUUGAUCAGGAUCCCAGAUUCGACAGCAAUCAGCCAGCCCCCGUGUCUUGCGUUUCAUUCUGCCCUACUACCACUGAAAGAUCUUCUCUCCGAGACACGCAGGUCAACGUCGCCACGGAAGAGCUUUUGGUUGGUGACGAGCUCGGCUGUGUGUAUUACUAUUCAGUGGAGUGGCCCGAUCAAGCACAGCGAGACCUCUGGGACUGGCACGGCAGCUUGACUUUACUCGCCAGGCUGACUUGUCACUCUCAGCAAAUCUGUGGCAUUGCCUGGGCCCCAGAUGGCGACUAUUUUGCUACUGGCGGGAACGACAAUCAACUCUUCCUUUUUGAGAGCAAGAAGAUUCUUCAAACCCGCCCGACGUCCGCGCCUUCGGUCCAUGUUCGGAAUGGCACUGCUGGCUCCAGUGGAACAUCAAUCACUGCUCAAGGGGAGGUUCUUGGCGUCAGUCUCGGUCAACAGAAACACCUCUUUACCUUGAAUGCUGCUGUAAAGGCAUUGGCAUUUGCUCCUUGGCAGCCCUCCCUCCUGGCCGCCGGUGGGGGGUCGAAUGACCGCUGCGUGCACUUCUUCCAUACUCGGUCGGGCGUGACCUUGGCCACCAUUGACUGCCAUGCCCAGGUCACGAGCCUGGUUUGGAGCUCGGGCCGGAAAGAGAUUGCCGCGACCUUUGGCUUCGCGCAGCCAGAACAUCCCUACCGCAUCGCCGUCUUUGCGUGGCCUGGCUGUGGAAUGGUGGUUGGGAUUCCUUGGUGGGGCGAGGAGAGGGCCCUCUUUGCUGUCCCAUGCCCGAAAGGCCCGAGCAGCCAGAGCUCCCGAGGAGUACGGCGCUUUCCUGGACGGGCAGGUCGCGGUGAUGGCGAGGGGCAGCCAUGGUACCAGAGACGAACGAGUCGUGAAGGAUGCUUGGUUGUGGCAACGAGUGAUGCGAGCAUCAAAUUCCAUGAGAUAUGGGCUGAGAACCGUCAACCAAGCAAGGGUGAAGGCGCAACUGGUUCGCUGGGUGGCAGUCAGAUAUUGGAAGCGGCAUGUUCUUCCCAAGUCGAACAGCUUGGAAUGCUUCGAUAG